CACCUGCAGAUUUUCUAGUUAUUAUUUUUUACAAGUUUUAUACGGGCUGAGAAACGGCUUCGAAUCACAUUUCAAGUUUCCUAGAUUUCUAGCUUUCAUACCCUGAAAAAAAAAAUUGUUUUGUUAUUUUAAAAUUGUAUUUAUUUUAUUUUUUUUUAAAGGAAAAUCUUGACAGUUAAGAUGCAACACCCCAGGACGCUGCUUUGCCUCUCCUUGAUUCUCUGUGGCCUGGUUUCACAAUCGCUCGGCCUGACUUUCAGUGGGAAAGACAAAAGGGGAUGGACUUUGAACAGCGCCGGUUAUCUCCUCGGCCCUCAUGUUUCUUUUCGAGCUCAUCUCUCUCUGUUCCCCAAAGGGAGAGCCUCUGUCCGGCGAGGGCGUGGAUUUGAACCCCUGUCUCUCCCCAGAGCCCUUCUUACAGAUUCGAGUUCAGAUGCUCAUCGGACCCUCAAUGAUAAAGGUGGUCUUGCAGGAAAGCGCGACGCUGUGGAGGAAAGUUACAAGAAAGCCGAGGAUGUUUACACUCCCAACGUGCAGCCGAUAGAUGAGACUGUCCUGGAUUUCAUGUCCUACCUUCGACUGAAAGAGCUCGGAGCCUUGGACAAUCUAAUCGUGUCAGAGGACUCAACCUGAAGGAAACGCAGCCCCUCUCUGAAUACCCCCCACCCCCCGACCCCCGACCCCCGACCCCCGACCCCCG